UUUAGAAAAGCAUUAUGUUCUUACUUUAUCUUUGUGCUCAUUCUCUAUCAUCAUCUUCUCUCUAAACCUCUACUCUUCUCUCUUUCCCUUUUGGUUCUGUGCUCUCCCUCACAUCUUCUUUAGCCUUUGGUUCCCUUCUUUCGUUUUUAUUUUGAUUCUCCCACCAUUUUUGUUCUUUUGAGUUUUAAAGAUCCAUCAAACUUUAUUAAAGAAAGAAGAACAAAGAGAUAAAAGGGAAGAAGAACAAUGGUUUUCUCAUCCGUCUCAAGCUUUUUAGAUCCACCAAUUAAUUGGCCACAGACUACGAAUUCGAAUAAUCAUCCUCAUCAUCUUCAGCUACAAGAAAAUGGAAGUUUAGUUAGUGGCCACCACCAGGUACUCUCUCACCACUUCCCACAAAACCCUAACCCUAACCACCACCAUGUUGAUACCACAGCCGCCACCAGCGUUGAUCCGGGAGGUCUCAAUGGCCAGGCGGCUGAGAGAGCAAGGCUAGCUAAGAACUCUCAGCAGCCGGAAGGAGCCUUAAAGUGCCCUCGAUGCGACUCAGCCAAUACUAAGUUCUGUUACUUCAACAACUACAACCUCACGCAGCCACGUCACUUCUGCAAGGCUUGCCGCCGCUACUGGACACGUGGUGGUGCCUUGAGGAACGUACCUGUCGGUGGUGGCUGCCGGAGGAAUAAAAAGGGUAAAUCCGGAAAUUCAAAGUCUUCAUCCUCCUCAUCCCAGAACAAGCCAUCAACGUCUAUGGUCAACGUUACAAGCCCUACGGCUACUAGUAAUGUCCAGCACCAAACAAAUACCCAAUUCCCAUUUUUGCCCACUCUACAAAACCUCACUCAACUCGGUGGUAUCGGUUUAAACUUAUCCCCCAUUAAUGGAAAUAAUGGUGGAAAUGGUAACACUAGCUCAGGUUACUUGAAUGAUUUAGGUUUUUAUCAUGGUGGCAACACUUCAGGUCCGGUCAUGGGUAACAACAACAACAACAACAACAACAACAGCAACAACGGGAAUAACAUAAUGACUUCUCUUGGAUCAGCAAACCACUUUGCUUUGUUCGAUCGAACCAUGGGAUUAUAUAAUUUCCCUAACGAGGGCAAUAUGGGAUUAUCUUCUAAUGGAGCUACUAGGGUUUCGCAAACUGCUCCGGUGAAAAUGGAAGACAACCAUUUGGGUAAUAUAAGCCGGCCGGCUUCGGGUUUGACAUCUCCGGGGAAUCAAUCCAAUCAAUAUUGGACAGGACAGGGUCUCCCCGGUUCUUCUUCAACCGAUUAUCACCAGCACCUUAUGUGAGUGUUACUUUGCCGUCGGAUCAUCCAUGGACCUCGUUAACGGUCCAAUGCAUAUGGAAAAACUAUAAGGUAUAUUAGAAUGGGUUUGUUAUAGUGAUCAUUGGGUGCAUAUAGAAUCAGGUGCACAAAGAAAUAUUAUUCGUAUUGUGUGAUUAUGAGAACUUGUUAGUCGUGUGAGUGUCUGUCGAGUUUGUGUUUAUUGAUCAAUUCGUAUUCUUCACUUGGAUAUUCAUAAAAUAAUACUAACUUUUUGUAUGUUCUUAUAUAUUUAUUUUUUUCUGCUGAAUAUGUGUUUUCUUCUUCUUUCUGGCUAUAUAUAUGGGUUUGGUUUCUAAGUUCUAGCUAGGAGUACGUGAGAAAAGCGAGCCAACCAGCAUAAUUAUAAAGGAUUUUUAUCAUUCACUGCUUUCUUUUUUCAAAGUUUAUAUAGUGAAUAAUUUUACGGGACCAAUCUUAUAGGAUAGUGCAUAAAGUAAAAGAGUGUUACAGACUGACGAAUUUAAUCAUACAAUUCCGUGUCACUCUAGAGAUAGUAAAGUUUUAAAAAUUACCAAAAAGCUUUAUAUUUCUCACAUUUUUAGGAGCUUUUCCUUUUUCUUUUUCAGUCCUUAAUAAAGAUCUGUGCAUAUGAAGAUAUGCAUGUUAUACGUACCACGUUAUAAUGUUUACUUUCCAGUAUUAAGAUUCCGUACGUACAUACCUUUUUAAAAAAGACUAAAAAAAUAACCCUUACUUAUCAUUUUAACUGUGAAUACUGAAUAACGUAAAUUUAGGAUUUAUUUCACAUAUAUGUAUUCUGGAAAUUCAUGGAUUCUUUUUAGGUUUAAUUAUAUAAAUUACCUCACUAUAUACUCUGCAAAAAUGUCACCACUUCAUUUUUGCAAAUACGUACUUAUUCUAUUCUGUCGAAAGUUUUUGUCAAAAAAUAGUUGUCUAUUUGUUAUUUCUUAGUCAUGUACAUGCAUGCCAGCAAUAGUUGCCACUGUCGAAUUAGUACUCUAAUUUCCAAACCACCUCAAUAUCAAGGUUAUAUCGUGUUUUGGCUUAAUGAGUUCAAAUGAGUUACGUCUUUAUCAUCGCCUUAACAAUUCUCGCAACAUCCUUGUAAUAAUUGCUUGGGUUUUGACCUUUUCUAGCUCUAAAUCUUCUUGCUAUGUCUCUUCAUAACUCAAUUAAUGCUUAAUUUACAGUUAAUUUGUUAUUCUGGCUCUGAUUGGUACAAGACUUUUAAGAUUUAAAAAAAAUUAAAGCCUUCACAGCUAUUUAUUUGCCAGUCAUACUUUUUUUUACUUUUAUUUAUUUUAAAGCUUUGUAAAUCACUUUUUUUUAUUUUCUUUCUAUGUUUUCUCAGAUUUUUUAAAGCGUCAAAACGAGGUCUUAAAAUUAAACAAAUAUAAAACUGAAUUGAAUGAUUGAAUUGUGUUGAGUUGUAUUGUAGAGGUUUGUCUCAGCCUAUCAAAGAAGCUUCUAGCUAAAGAAGAAGACUUGAGGUCAUAUUGAUUAGUUGAGAUCAAAAGACAGGAUCUUGGUUUCUAGUGCUGCAGAUGUUCUCAAACUUGGAAAUGAGAUCUUCUUAAGGACAUAAAGAUCUUUUUCUAUUUCUGUGUGAUAUUAUUGGAAUCUGCUUUUGAAGUUGGCUGUUUGCAGAGUUAUCUUUCUCGAUAUGUGUUGGGGAUUUGGUCAUAACUUCCAAACCAUAAACCCAAACCAUGGUCUGCUUUCACCUAUGACUCUCUAUCUCUGAUGUUGAUCUUGCUACUAAGUUACAGAAUUUUCUGGGUUGAAUUGCUGCUUCGUCGAUGUCGUGUAUCAAGGAUGGUUAACAAGUUUUUAUGAAAGAUACAUCAAGGUCUUUGAAGUCUACAAAGAGUCAAGGUCUGUGUUCUGUUGAUUGUGUGUUUCCUGUGGAACAGUUCUUGGUUGAAACACAUAAUCAACAUCAGGGAGAAAAGCUAACUCAUAGUGAUAAAAGUAUGAGAUAUGAAGAAUAAGUUAUGAGUUUGAUGGAGUUGCAGUUUCAUGAAGCUGGUUUCUUGUCUAACUUUGCCUCUGAGUUUGACUUUGCUAUAGGCCUCAGAUCUAUGCAUUGAAAGAUGUCUUGAAAUCUUGAAAGCAAGAUCUUUUCAGCGAUAUAAAGGUAUCCUUCUGAUUCUGUGUCAUUUGAUGGGAAAUUGUUCCCAAAGUUAGCUGUUCGCAGGUUUAACCAUUUUGGAUCUGCUUUGGAAAAUUGUUCUUAACUUUCAAUAUCUAAACCCAAAUUGUGAUCCGCUUUCUCUUGUGGCCUCACAUUGUUGUCCUUAAUCAUCCCACAACAUUUUGGAAUUUUCUGGGCUGUUUUGUUAUUUCGUAUAUGCUCUGCAUCAAGGCUGGAGAAGAAGCUCAAAUCAAGACCUCAUGGUUGGAAAAAGAAAUAGAAGUUCUUAAUGUUCCUAGGUCUGGUAAUCACAAUCAAAGUAUUAUGAUCCAUCAGUAAGUAAUACGAAGUUGAUUGUGAAGAAGUGUGGAAAGUCAUCUGAUCUGAAGGUGAAUAUCUUGCACCAAAGUCUGAAGUGUUCAAGGCAGACAUUCACCUCUAUGUCACUACCUCAGAGCUAUGUCAAUGUAAGUAAAAUCUUCGGCGUGAUGGAAUAUGAUUACAAGGAAUUAAUAUCUGCUGGGAGUUAUUGUCACGAGAGAAGUGGUACUAUGAAGAUGUGAAACCCAUAUUUUUCUGUUGAAAAUGGAGGUUUUAAUGAGGAAUGUCCUUAAAGCUCUUAUCAGAUGUUAUUGGUUUUGUUCUCUGUUGUGCCUUGUAUUGGUUGGGAUUGUGUACAAGUAAGUUGUUGCAGAAUAUUCAAGAAGACCUCUGGGUGUUGGAAGAGAAGAGUAAGAGCGCUCGAUUAUUAAAGUUUAAGAGAAGGAUUCACUUUCACUAGUAGUAUAAGAUGGUCGGGAUCAAUCUGAGGUAGAAUACUCAGAGUUGUGUAACUCCGGUUCAGUUCUGCAAGGUUAGCGUAAGUGAGGUCUGCAAGGAGAUGUUGUUCGAAAUCAAUCUGAGGUAGAAUACUCAGAGUUGAGUAAAACCGAUUAAGUUGUAACCCAGGAAGCUGAAGUGUCUUGUCAGUGAAAGUUGGGACAUCGCUUUUGAAAUUCAAGAAAUUGUUGCUGCUCUAGUUUUUAAAUCUGAGGAUUGUUUAUGAGGUUCUUCUUUUGUGUGUUGAAGAAGGAUGUUCCAAAUACUGAAACAACAACUGCUUCAGAAGCUGCAAUCGUCUAUCUUAUUCACUGGUUCACUGUUGGGAUCAAAAGAUGUUGUUUAAAGGUUGCCUCAAGGUAUAUUCAUCUGGAUUUAUCUCAACGUUACUCUUAAGGUGAAGAAUAUUUUUAUGGUCAUGAUGUCUUUUCGGUGUUGCAAGCAACUAGUGUGUGUGUGUGGUUCUGUACCAAAUCUCUGGUCUGUAUAUUGCUUGAGGUUCAGGAGAAGUUUCAAGAAAAGCAUGGGUGAGAUAUGUAUUGUAACUGGUUGAUUUGGAAGAUACCUCUACUUCAUGAAGUACAGUAUAUGGAUCUCUGAUCUGCCUUAGUAAAGAAGAGCGUCUUGAAGCCUAUAUUUGCAAGGAUGAAAAACAGUUUUCGAUUAAGACUACUUAAACAAGCUAGUCUACAGAAGCAAAGACAGAAGUUGAGGCUAUUCAGUCAGUGCUACAUUUCACAAGAUCAUCAUGGUUCGAGAGAAUUGUCUAUGUUUCCGCUGCGACUACAAAGGUAUUAUUUCGAUGAUCAUGUUAUUGCUUCUGAUCAGUUUUGCUUCCCAUUGUUCAAAGGCUGCGAUUUGAAAUGAAGCACCAUGCUUGCUAGUGCUAAUGAGGUUAUGAUUGAGUUAAGAGUCAUCAGGUUCUCAAAGAGGAUUUUAAGAUGUUCUCACAGUUGUGUUCUCAAAGAAGUGUUCUCACAGUUGUGUUCUCAAGGAAGUGUUCUCGGCUCAGAACUAGUUUGUGUAUCAUCUUCAGAAAUUAGCUGUCCUGUGCGUACGGCAUGCUUUGAUCCUGAUUCUAUAGGCGACAGCGGUACAUUUCUGAAGAUGGGUUAACUAGUUCUGAGCUACUCUCAUAUGUGUCAUUGUAACCAAGUAAUCAUUGUCAAUGGUUUGAUGGCUGAUAAAAACUUUUUUUUU